AUGAUUUGUCCGAAGUGUGGCAGAUUUUUAUUAGCACGCGAAGGCAUUCUUCAAGCUGGUCGUAAGUAUCAUCGACAUUGUUGGGCUUGUGCACAAUGCUCAUCACCAUUGACUUCGUGGAUUCGUCAACAACCCAUAACUAAUGAAUAUCUUUGUAAUACCUGUCAUAUUAAAACACAUGGAUUAAAAGAAGGUAUGAUUUUUGUUAACUGGAACAAACAACAAACAAAAUCAAUCAUGUCUUCGAACAUACAACCAUCAACGCUAAUUGACGAUAUUCUACUUAUUUAA